AUGAACGAAGCCCAAAUUGAAAUUACCAUUCCUCACUUGUUCAGAUGCCCCAUCAGUUUGGACUUGUUCGAAGAUCCAGUAACUUUGUCCACUGGCCAAACCUAUGACAGAUCAAGCAUAGAGAAAUGGUUCUCUGCUGGAAAUCUCACAUGCCCUGUAACAAUGCAGAAACUUCAUGAUCUAUCCAUUGUUCCCAACCACACUCUUCGCCACUUGAUCGACCAGUGGCUCCAAUUGGGUCCCCAAUUUGGUAACUCAGCCAAUAUUGAUUAUUUAGCUGCACUAAAGCACACCCUUGAAUCUCCUGAGUUGGAAAACAAGCUCCAAGCACUUGAGAAAAUUAGAGUUCUCUCCGAUGAGUAUUGCUUCUUCAGAAAAUCUUGUUUCCACGAACUUAGUUUCUUGCCCCUACUCUUGGAACUAGUUUUUGGUACCGAGUUCUCAAAAUGUCACAUGGAGUUCACGGAGCUAGCACUUUCUUGCAUUCUGAAGUUGUUGCCCCUUGUGAGUUUGGAGCCUCUAAAUAUGAUCAAAGAUGAGUCUAAGUUAACAACGUUCUUGCUACUAUUUGAAAAGGGAACUAGCUCGGUUAAGACUACUCUUUGUCAACUUAUAGAUUCAACAGCAUCACCGCAGACAGAAGAGGUAUGUCACAUGCUUGGACACUCUCAAAAACUGGUGCAUGAAAUUGUUGUACUUGUUCGCCAAGGUUGUGAGGUUUCUAAGGUUGCAAUUAAGGCCAUGUUAGCAUUAUGUUCCUUGAAAUCUAACCGAGACAAUUUAGUGAGGGCAGGAGCAAUUGAUGGGGUCAUAAUAUACAUUUCAGGUUGUGAAACAAGGCAGAAGAACUUGGCUCCAUUGGCGAUGGCAAUAAUAAAGAACCUUUUGGUGCUAGAGAGUGCUAAAGAGGCACUGGUGAAUCACCCUAAUGGGAUUGAAACUUUGGUGAAGAUGGUUUUCAGGGUGUGUAAUCAAGAGUGUAGUGAGAGUGCUGUUGGAAUACUUGGAAUUGUUUGCCGUGAUUUUGGGCGUGCAAGAGAGGAAGCAAUUGGUGCUGGAGUUUUGACUCAGUUGCUGUUUCUUCUCCAGAGUCAGUGUGGCCCCAAAACUAAAACAAAAGCAAGAAUGCUGCUCAAGUUGCUAAGAUCAAAGUGGAUUGAGGAACCAAAACAGGUGUAG